GUUUGACUAAUCUCUCUUCUUCGGACAUCAUUUCCCAAAUUAACAACACAAAGAUGAAAGAUAAACUCUCUCUUUGUUCUCUGCCCCUGUUAAAAACUUUGUAGUUCAUCAUCUUCAUCGAUUUAAUUUUUCUGCCAUUCCUUCACUUUUAUCAACAAAAAAUUAUUUUAAAAAAAAUUAACAGUAUGCCCCUUCCCGUGCCUAACUUUGGAAAGUGAGUAAAAGCCAGCUGCUACUGCUGCUACCCUGUAUUACUACUACUUUUAGUAAUUUCCCUUUUUGUGGCCUAUUUCAAGAUUCAUACACACAAAGCCUAAAAGCUUGGAUCCAAAUAUCCAGCUUUAUGUUCUGUCAUACACAGUCUUUUUUUGGUCUGCAAAUAAUAACAAGUUUGUUGUAGAGUUGAAAAAAGUUGUAGUAAUUUAGUUGGUGAUGGGUUCGAAGCCGUGGCUACAUCCGGCUCCAACCUAUCGUAUAUUAGAGACGUUUUGGGAUACAGAUGAAGAUGCCCCAGGUCCACGUUGUGGUCAUACGCUUACUGCUAUAGCUGCUACCAAGACUCAUGGUCCAAGACUCAUACUCUUUGGUGGUGCCACUGCUAUUGAGGGUGGCAGUGGUGCUGCCCCUGGCAUAAGGCUGGCUGGUGUAACCAAUUGUAUUCAUUCAUAUGAUGUUCUUACCAGAAAAUGGACCAGACUUAGACCUGCUGGUGAGCCACCUUCACCAAGAGCUGCACAUGCUGCUGCUGCUGUUGGAACAAUGGUUGUAUUUCAGGGUGGGAUAGGACCAGCAGGGCAUUCAACUGAUGAUCUUUAUGUGCUUGAUUUGACAAAUGACAAAUUCAAGUGGCACAGAGUUGUUGUUCAAGGUCAAGGUCCUGGACCGCGGUAUGGCCAUGUAAUGGACUUGGUUGCACAAAGAUAUCUGGUAUCCGUCAGUGGCAAUGAUGGUGAGCACAAUAUUUAG